AUGGGUAAAGGCCUGGAGACGGCAGUGGUGAAGACGGUGGGACCCAAGGAGGUGGCGGCUGCAGGGGCUGGGCGGCUCACAGCCACCCCGGCUCCCUUGGGAAACCGCAGGCCCAUGCCCGAGGCACCCGAGUGUUGGUUUUGGUGGGGUUCUUUUGUUUGUUUGUUUUGGGUGUUUUUUAUUUUUUUCUUGCCGUGCGAAAGAAGCAGCAGAAGGCACCGCCCCUUCUCAGACUGGCUCACUCAGAACACUUGGGGAAACCCUGGACACCGCGCUGCGAGGCCUCCGCCUGCUCCUGGGCUGGGAGCACCGGAGAAAAUCACACACGCUUCCUGCCGGGCCGGAGCUGAGCUUCUCAGCGCGCUCCGGCCCACACCUCCCGCGGUACCCACACACCACUGCUCUCUUCCAGAAGAGAGAUGUAUUCUUAGUUUCAUUAGUUUCUUUUGA